CACGGCCAUACGAAAAUAUCUCCGUGUUCGUGUAAUAAAUUAGUAACAUUCUCUUUCGAUCUCCAUCUUCCACAAUUAUCCGUUUCUGAGUUUUUUUUUCCCUUCGUUUGAAGAAACGUAAAUGGCGAACAAUGGACCCAGCUGGGACGGAUUGCUCAAAUGGAGCCUCUCCCAUUCCGAUGGCGCUUCCCCUUCCCGCCCUUUGAGUGAGGAAGAUCGACAAUGGUUCAUGGAAGCAAUGCAAGGACAUACGAUCGAUUCAAUUUCUCGUAUGAAACAAAUAUCUCAAAUCAUGAAAAUGCCUGAUCACCUCUUGGAUUCUCAAGGAGUCACAACAGACGAUCUUGAAGGAAUGUUGGAUGAGUUGCAAGAACACGUCGAGUCAAUCGAUUUAGCCAAUGAUCUUCAUCCCAUUGGAGGUUUGGUCCCACUCCUUAGCUAUCUUAAGAACUCUAACGCCAAGAUCCGAGCAAAAGCAGCUGAUGUUCUGACCACGGUUGUCCAAAACAAUCCUCGUAGCCAGCAGCUUGUUAUGGAAGCAAAUGGCUUCGAGCCCUUGUUAACAAACUUUACUACUGAUCCGGACGUUAGAGUCAGGACCAAAGCCCUCGGUGCUUUAUCUUCUCUUAUCCGUCACAACCAACAAGGGAUUACAGCUUUCCGCCUAGCUAAUGGUUACGCUGGCCUGCGGGACGCACUGGUCUCUGAUACCGUUAGAUUUCAAAGGAAAGCGUUGAAUUUGAUUCACUAUCUUCUCCAAGAAAGCAACUCAGACUGUAGAAUCGUUAGGGACCUUGGAUUCCCUCGCAUAAUGAUCCACCUAGCAUCCAACCAAGACCUUGAAGUCCGUGAAUUCGCUCUUCGUGGUCUCCUAGAGCUUACCCGUGAAGAAUCCGAGAGAAACCUCGACAGAGCGGAUGUGAAUCUAAGACAGCUUCUCGAAGAGAGAACAAGAAGAAUCAUUGCCAUGUCGGAUGAAGAUCUUUGUGCGGCUAGAGAAGAAAGAGAGCUAGUGGAUAUCCUUUGGACCGUGUGUUACGAUGAACCGUCUCUUCUAAGAGCGAGAGGUCUGGUCUACCUCCCGUGUGAUGACGAGAUGGCUCCUGAUGUUGUUAGAGACCGCUUUGAACCUCCGCUAAGGGCUUGGGCUGCAAGACGAGAUGAUGAAAUGAAUGAACCACCGGUUCCACUUCUUCUUGGUCCUCCUGCUCAGUGAUCUCAUUGCUAUGGGCCUUUGAUCCCAUCACAAAUAAAACUGUGUGGAACAGUUAUUUCAAAUGUUCUACCGUUUCUCUGUUCAGUUCUGCCAAGACUAUAUUACAAUCUAUUUCAGAUAUUGAGAGAACAUCGACCAUAUCAA